AUAUCUCUCUUUUUUUUUUCUCUCUCUCUUUCUACAAAACCCUCUGCCCUCGUCUUCUAGGGCACUCGUUGGUUCUAUCCUCGCUAGACCCAUCUGGAGAUCUAGGGUUCUGGGUUCUUUUUCUGCCGCGAAAACCCACGACAAAAAUCUCACAGGGAGCGGAAAAUGGCGGAGGAUAGCGAGGUGGUCGCCGUCAGCCCAGUGGCCGCGGACAAGAAGAGGAAGAUCGAGGAGCUCGAUGCGGAGCCGGUGGCAAUCGAGCUUCCGAGUCAGGAAAAUGGCGAAAAACCUGACGAAGAUCAGGAAAAGUUCCAAGAGGAUCAGGAGAAACCCGAUGAGAACCCGGAAAAACCCGACGAGGAACUUGAGAAACCCGACGAGAAAGCACAAGAUGGGGAGGAGAACGCCGUUCAGGAGGCUCCCGAUGUCGAGGAAAGCCUUGAAGGUGCUCCGGAGGCGAAACGUCCUCGUUUGGACGAACCUGAUCACCAGGCUGCUGAAGCAGGUGACACAGUUGAGAAGUCUGAGGAUGUUCUUCCAGAGAAUUCUGAGGAUACAGCAGUGGAGAACUCUCAGCAGCCUACCCCAGGUGUUCCACAAGAAACUAUUCCUCCUAAUGUGGAUCAACAACCUCAGUCUGAGACAGAAACUUCGCAUAAAAUUGAAGUCCCUAACAAUAAGGUUGGAGUUCUUAUUGGUAAAGCUGGGGACACAAUCAGGUACCUGCAGUAUAAUUCAGGUGCCAAAAUUCAGAUAACAAGGGAUGUUGAUGCUGACCCAUCUUCAACAACAAGGUCGGUGGAAUUAAUAGGAACUCCAGAAAAUAUCAACAAGGCAGAGCAACUCAUCAAGGAUGUUAUUGCAGAGGCUGAAGCAGGGGGUUCACCAGCUCUUGUUGCUCGGGGUUUUGCUGUCGCGCAGAAUGGUGGAGAACAACUUCAGAUUCAAGUGCCUAAUGAUAAGGUUGGCCUGAUUAUUGGUAAAGGUGGGGAAACAAUUAAGAGUCUUCAGACCAGGUCUGGGGCUCGCAUUCAGUUAGUUCCUCAACACCUCCCUGAGGGUGAUGUGUCCAAAGAAAGAACUAUACGAGUAACUGGAAGUAAGCAACAGAUAGAAACUGCACGGGAUAUGAUCAAAGUUGUAAUGAACCAGGCUCCUGUAAGGCCUCUGGCUCCAGCUGGAGCGAACCAGCAAGCAUAUCGCCCUGGUGGGCCUCCAGCUAUGCCUCAAUGGGGUGCUCGUCCACCACCUCCAGCACAGCAAAUGGGUUACGAUUAUCAGAGGCGAGGACCGUACCCAUCUCAGACUCAAUAUCCACCUCAAAGUUAUGGUGGUUAUUCUCAACAGCCACCACCCAGGGGUGGCUUUAAUCCAGGUUGGGAUCAAAGGCCUGCUGCUACACAAGGCCCCCCUCAAGCUGGUGGCUAUGGUUACUAUGCACAAGGGGGGCAUGUGACAGAACCUCCAUCUUCUGCUCCAGUUCCUGCGCCAUCUCAAGUUGGUUAUAAUUAUGGACAGGCACAAGGUGGAUCUGGUUAUGGGCAACCACCUGCAUAUUCACAAUCAAUGCCGCCCCAACAAGGCUAUGGACAAUAUCCAGACUCAGGUUAUGAAAAGGCAAAUCCAACCCAACAGUUUUAUGGUGGACAACAACCCAGUUCUCAACCAGGGUAUCCACCACAAGCUGGGUUUCAAUCAGGAUACAUGCAGGAACCGUACAAUAAACCAGGCUAUGAUAACAUGUCUCAAGGACCUGCUCCUCAAUCCUAUGGUCCACCAAGGGCAGCUCAGCCAGGGGAAGUGCCGCAGCAGGGCUCUGCUCCUCCUGCAUAUGGAUCGAAUGUGCCAUCCCAACAGCCUUAUCCUUAUGCAUCUGGGGCACCACCCCAGCAAUCCUACCCUUAUGCCACAGCCCCACCUACAAACGAUGGAUACAAUCAACAACCUGUUGGUUCUGCUACCGCCCCUGGCUACGGACAGCCAGCUGGUCAGGCUGGCGGUUAUGGCCAAUACCCAUCUCAACCAGGGUACGGUGAUCAUCAGGCUCCAGCUAAUCCUGGUUAUGGCUACCAGGCGCAUGGAGAUGCAAGUUACACCAACAUGCAGGCUGCUCCUUAUAGUGGGCCAACAAAUAACGCUCAGGGAUAUGGACCACCAACUGCUAAUGCGCCAAGCUAUGAUCAACAGUCAGCGCCCCAACCUGGUUAUGGGGGUUAUGGUGGGAAUGCGGCAAUGGGUUAUGCCAAAACCCUCUCUCCUCAACCUGGAUAUGGACAGUAUGAUUCUUCUCAAAUGUAUGGUCGUCACUAACAUAUACGGAUCAUGAAGCAGUUUAACUGAGGUCAUUUUUCUGUUAGUUCAGUAUGAGUCAUGCUACUAGUUUGUGUUUUUGUACCGGUACACUCAUCCUCUAGCCCCUUGCACAUGUUCAGUGACAAAUCCAUUAGUUUACUACCGUCUUAAUUUCUUGUCAACUCCUUGACGUUGUACCUUUACAUAACGUUUAUGUAGAUCUUUCCAAUA